CUGAAAUCUGGCAUCAACACCAAGCCUGCUCCCACAGCGCGCGCUCACACCAAAGAGAUCACAUAUUCACUUCGUCGAAGCCUCGUCUGUUCAACUGGUCACACGAUUAAGUCGCAAAGGAACAGUCCUCAUGGUGCCGUCAAUAACCCCAUGAAAUGAACCCCUAAACAUAGCAGCCACCCAGCCAGAACACCAAACCUUCCAAAAUGGCGACGACAUCACCAGCGGCCCCCAGGCCCAAGUCCAAGUCCUCUUCUCUCCUAAGCACCCUCUUCUCCCGACCACUGCCCCUCUACGUCUCUGCCUUCCUCCUCCGCCUUGUCCUCCUCCUGUACGGCCUCUGGCAAGAUGCCAACUCGCCGCUCAAGUACACCGAUAUCGACUACCUCGUCUUCACCGACGCGGCCCGCUUCGUGUCUCGCGGCGAGUCUCCCUACGCCCGCGAGACGUAUCGCUACACGCCUAUUUUGGCCUGGUUAUUACUGCCCACCACAUGGACGGCAGGCGCGCAAUGGGGCCCCUUGGCGGCCAAGGUGAUCAAUGUGGCGUGGUUCAGCUUUGGAAAGGUCCUGUUUGCGGCGGCGGAUUUGGUGGCGGGGUGGUUGAUUGAACAGGUGUUGGUCAUGGGGAAGGAUUUCCCUUCUUCUGCUGCUCAAGGAAAGGAGAAGGACACCGAGAAGAAAGAGGGAGGAAGGAAGGGCCGCAGCGAGACAGCCACGGGAAUGGACCCCUCCCGCGCUCGCGCCUUCGCGGCCAUCUGGCUCCUCAACCCCAUGGUAGCCACCAUCAGCACGCGCGGCUCGUCCGAGGGUCUUUUGGGAGUUCUCGUCAUGGCUCUUCUCUGGGCCGUCCUCUCGCGGCGCAUCACUCUUGCCGGCCUGCUUCUGGGAUUCAGCGUGCACUUCAAGAUCUAUCCAUUCAUCUACGCGCCCGCCAUCGUGUGGUGGAUGGACCAGGAACGGCUUUCCGGACUUAGAGCAGGAGGAGGCCAGAAGAAGACGUCGUCAUUCAGAAAAAACCUAACAUGCUUUCUCACCCUCCCCCGCCUCCUCUUAGCAUUCACCUCCCUCGCCACCUUUUUCUCUCUCAACUUCCUCAUGUACCGCCUAUACGGCCACCCCUUCCUGCAGGAAACCUAUCUUCAUCACGUCACGCGGAUUGAUCACCGGCACAACUUUAGCCCUUACAACACCCAACUUUACUUGUCUUCCGCGUCCGUAUCACCGUCGCAUUCAGCAGGAGCAGCAGCAGCAGAACCAAAAUUCAAAAUCGAAUCCCUAGCCUUCCUGCCCCAACUGGUCCUCUCCACCAUCCUCAUCCCCCUCACCCUCGCCAAGAAGGAUCUACCCACCUCUCUGCUCGCGCAAACCUUUGCUUUCGUGACCUUCAACAAGGUCUGCACCAGUCAGUAUUUCCUCUGGUACCUGGUCCUUUUGCCGUUGUACCUCCCGCGGUCUUCGUUUUGGACGAGUAAGAGGAUGGGCUUGGUAGCGCUGGGUCUGUGGGUGCUCGGCCAGGGACUGUGGUUGCAGCAGGCGUAUGAGUUGGAGUUUUUGGGGCGGAGCACGUUCUUGCCUGGGCUGUGGAUGGCGAGUUUGGGAUUCUUUGUGGUGAACUGCUGGAUUUUGGGGGUGAUUGUUGGUGAUGGUGGGAGGUGACUGGGGUAGAGAUUGGUCGAUGAAUGAUGGGAAGACACCGAUUUGGUGAAUUGUAUAUAUUUGCGUCUAUCAGGUUGUCAACUGAUCAGGCAGCCAAGACUCAGCUGUUUAUAUGGAGAAGCCAAAGUUACACUGAAAUGCACCUGUGUUCGAUUCUA